AACAGCAUGCGUAAGAGUCUUUAAUCAGUAUACGUAGGUUUCUGCGUCCAAUAUAUUCACACAUAUUCAUACUUUGCUUAAAAAAGCAAGGAUGGCUAGUUUUGUUUGCUGUACGUUUGGCAGUAUUUACGGGAGCAAAUUUUGAUUUUUUUUUUUAAUGAUCUUAGCAACAUUGCUUGUACAACGGAAAAGUUUCUUUCAAGUAUAUUAAAAUUUUAGCAAGAAAAUUUUUUCAUUUCAAUUAAAUUUAGUCGAAAACGAAUUUCUCUCGAAAAUAAACGGUGAGCCGUAAUAUAUUCCUCCAUAAGCUUGUAAUGUCCACUUAUAGCAAUAUGAGUUAUGUUAUGGGUAAUGGAAAUAAUUAUCAACAAACCGUAAAUCCAUCGCCGGUUAUGAUGUGCCCACAUAUGGGCGGAGGUAUAACCCCACCACAACAUCAGAACCAAAUGUGUGGAAUUGACUCCGGGGAUCAAGGACUUACCAUGUGUGGGUACAACAUGAAGCAUUCGCCGUGCAAUUGCAUUUGUGUCCCCAUCAUGGAACUUGUACAAAUGAACGGCCGUAAAGUAUUGGGACCACCCGAAAAUUGGAUGGGACCGCCACCAACUAGUGCUUGCGAAUUAUUUGUGCGUCGCAUACCCAAGAAUUUGAAUGAGCACAAAUUAUUAGCGCCUUUUUUGCGUUUUGGACGCAUCUAUGAGUUACGUUUACCUAUGGACUUUAAUCAGGCUAAUCGAGGCUACGCUUAUGUUAAAUAUACUACAGAAGAAGAGGCUGCUUGUGCUAUGGAGGUGCUCAAUCAUUAUUAUGUGGCACCACGUCUUCGCUUAGAGAUCUUGCAUUCUUAUGAGAAAUGUCGCCUUUUCAUCAAUAAUAUACCAAAGCACUUGGAUGAGUUUGAAAUUGAAGAGAAACUACGCGUUGUUUUUCCGAAAAUGCAACGUAUUUACGGACGAGCGGCUUCUGCUGGCCCUCCAAUUGAGGAUUCUAACCCAAGCAGCCUUGGCCCACAGAGUUUGACACUCGGAGAUAACAAUAAUGUUCAAUCGCCUGCCGCUGCCGGCGGUGGCAAUCGCGGUCAUGUCUUCGUACAAUUUGCCUCUCAUUUGCAUGCUUUGGAGGCCAAAAAGAGCGUUAAUCCUGGCUUAAUACGGUUGUGGGGCCGUGAUUUAAAAGUUGUCUGGGCUAAUACGGGACGUGACUAUGAAAUGGCAAAAACGCAAUCAAAAACAUUAUUUGUUCGCAAUGUUGAUUUAACAAUAAACAAUCGCGAUUUGAUUGAGUUGUUGGUGCAGUAUGUUCCACGCACGGUAAUACGUAAAGUCUCCAAGGUACGAACUACGGCCUUUUUAGAUUUUACUUGCCGAGAGGCGGCUGAAUUAUGUCUAAAACAAUUGCAAGGUGUGUUUUUAAAGAGCCGACGUUUAGAUUUGGAAUGGGCAAAACCCUCAGAACAGCAAUCAUUGCAUCGUAUGCGCAAUAGGGAUUACGACGCUGUCUUGCGCCUCAAGUGCAUUGCUAAUGGUUGGGGUAUACCGGUCGUCAUAUUUAGUUGCUAUUAUGAGCAGGAGCGCCUGCAAUAUGGAGCUAUUAUGCUGCGUGAUUCUAUGGGUAAUGUAAGGGCUAUUUUCUGCAUUAUGAAUUGCAGCGAACUAGUGGAUAUACAUUCGCGUAUGUGCGAGGUCGUAUGUGUACUUAUUGAUACGAUUGGGACCUUCCCCGACUACAAUUAUGUAUUUCAUGUAGAAAAAGACACUGCCCACUUGUUGGGAAUGGUCGCCCAAAAUAUCCAAUCAGUAGAUUUUAUAGCCUCGUGUGGUGUGCCAACCGAUUUCUUUUUUGAUUAUAACGAAAUCAUCGAUAUAGGCUGGGCGAUUUAUUCCCUAACAUAUGUUUCAGAGGAAAAUCUACUUGCUGCCUAUAUGGAAAGUUUUCGUGUACAAUCUAAAUGUAGUUAUUUGGAAAAUUGGCCUUUGAUACCACAUCGUAUAUUCGGUACGAUUAUGCCGAAGUACCGCAAUAAACCACCUUUAAAUUACAAAUUGAACGACACCCAGAUAGUGUUAGCUUUAUGUUUUAAAGCAACCGGUGUUAAUGCGGUACUACCAACUCGUCCUUACUUACCAUUUUCCGUAUGCGUCUUCGAUAGUGGAUUCGAGGGUCUCCGUUAUGUUACUUUAAAGCUAUUACCGAUUGCUUUGACCCAAUCUCGUUUUGCAGCCACCCACAUAUUAAGUCAUGUACAAUUUGGGGGCUGUAAAUAUUAUCACCCGGCACAGCGCAUUAUGGUGCCACCACUUUGGGUUGCGGGAUGUUCUUAUUUCGAAACGAUUAAGCAAACUCCCAUCUACGAUAAACCGAAUGUACCGUAUCCGGCUUUAACCAACAAUUAUGUCACUACAUCUGCAGCACAACAGUGUCAGAUGCCGAGUACUUCUUCAAUUGUUAAUCAACAACAGCAGCACCAGCAGCAGCAACAACAGCAACAGCAACAGCAACAGCAACAACAAAACCAAAAUCAGCAACAAAUAUUUUUAACGGCUCAACAAACUGGUGGGCCUACAAUGAACACUCUAUCAACAGGUGUGCCUAAGCCAAUGCCGAAUAAUUUAGUAAAUUUAAAUCAACAACAACAACAAGCUUUAGCUUUAACGACAUCUCCUAAUUAUAAUUAAAAAUCAAAACGGAGAGAAAUAAUUACUUCAUUGUACCUUAAUCCGUCUUGCAUUAUCAUUAUUAUUAUUUUUAUUAUUGAAUUAUUGAAAUAAUG